AUGGAAUCUACACCCUCUUCUGCAAGCUGCGAGGCCAGGAUGUUCAGAACGCCAACAAUGCCUCCAAAUUCAGGUUUCAGGUCCUCUCCAGCGACGAACUCCUGCACCACGUUGUCCACCUCGAUCAGGCUGCACCCCGGGGUCUUCUUCAUGCUCCUGCUCCUUAUUGACUUCCUCGUGCUCGCGACCUCGCUCCACCGCCUCGCCGCGGCGUACACGUUGGCCAGCAUGACUAGGUUGCCGACGUCGUCUGGUUCCAGCGCGACGAGCCGCUCGGCAGCCACCACGGCCGUGUCGACAUCGCCGUGGCUUCGGCAUGCGCUGAGCAUUGAGCCCCAUAUCUUCGCAUCGGCAGGAAAUGGCAUGUCCAGUAUGAGAUUGAGAGCACGCACGAUUUGUCCUGACCGACCGAGGAGGUCGACGAUGCAGCCAUAG